UCGCAGUCGGGAAGGCGCAAGAGGACUCUCAGGAAGAAUAGUGGCUGGCUGCCCGUCUGCGCUCCCAGCCGCGCCAUGCUCGUCCUCCGAAGCGGCCUGACCAGGGCCCUGGCCGCGCGGACGCUCGCGCCUCAGGUGUGUUCAUCUUUUGCUACGGGCCCCAGACAAUAUGAUGGAACGUUCUAUGAAUUUCGUACUUAUUGCCUUAAACCUUCAACGAUGAAUGAGUUUAUGGAAAAUCUUAAGAAAAACAUACAUCUUCGGACAGCUCACUCUGAAUUGGUUGGAUUCUGGAGUGUAGAAUUUGGAGGCAGAAUGAAUAAAGUGUUUCAUAUUUGGCAGUACGAUAAUUUUGCUCAUCGAACUGAAGUUCGGAAAGCCUUGGCCAAAGAUAAGGAAUGGCAAGAACAAUUUAUCAUUCCAAAUUGGGUUCUCGUUGAUAAACAAGAGUUGGACAUUACUUACCUGGUGCCAUGGUGCAAAUUAGAAAAACCUCCAAAAGAAGGAGUCUAUGAACUGGCUACUUUUCAGAUGAAACCAGGUGGGCCAGCUCUGUGGGGUGACCCAUUUAAAAGGGCAGUUAAUGCCCAUGUCAAUCUAGGCUACUCAAAACUAGUUGGAGUUUUCCACACAGAAUAUGGAGCACUCAACAGAGUUCAUGUUCUCUGGUGGUAUGAGAGUGUGGACAGUCGUGCAGUGGGGAGACAUCAGUCUCAUGAGGAUCCCAGAGUUGUGGCGGCGGUUCGGGAGAGUGUCAAUUACCUAGUGUCUCAGCAAAAUAUGCUUCUGAUUCCUGCGUCAUUUUCACCGUUGAAAUAGUUUUCCACUGAAAUACGAAGCAUUUCAUUAACUGCCAUAAGAUAUGUCUGCUAAAGGUGCUUAAAUUCUCCCAAGAGAUCCUCACUUUUAUUUGAAGGAGGUGGUAAGUUAAUCACUAUGUCUCUGCAUUUUUAAAGCCAUCUCUGUCCUUUGUCACGACCACCUCAGGAAAUAGUUCUGUUCAUUUUCCCCACGGUGUUUCAGUAUCUAUUAUACAGUAGAAAUAAUUGCCACUACUUCAUGAUCUUGAUUUUUCAUUUCUUUCAGAAUAUCUCUUAUUCUCUAUUUUGACAACCCUUUGCUUUAUAGCAUUUUCUUAUAUUCAAAUGAUGAUUUUACAUUUCUGUGCCUUACAAUAUUUUUUUAAAUUAUUAAUGUACAAUGUCAGGGCCGGCCCUGUGGUGUAGUGGUUAAGUGCACCGCUUGUCAGGCCAUGCUGUGGCAGCGUCCCACAUAAAGUGGAGGAAGAUGGGCAUGGAUGCUAGCCCAGGGCCCGUCUUCCUCAGCAAAAAGAGGAAGAUUGGCAUGGAUGUUACCUCAGGGCUGAUCUUCCUCACAAAAAAAAAAUAUAUAUAUAUAUAUAUAUAUAUAUAAUGUCUAUCUUUCCUUCAUGUCUAUUUCUGAGAUUUAAAAAAAUUUUCUGCCCAGUAAAGUUUAUCUCAUGAUAUUUCAUGAUAUUUCAUGAUAUUUCAUGAUUCAAAGAAUAUUAGAUCAAAUAUAUUCCUUUACUUUGGGAAAGUACAGCAUCACGUGUGUGAAUAUAUUAAUUAUAUUUUCACAUUAAUUAUUAGUUGCUCUAACAGAAGUGGAAAAUAAUGUAAUUAGGUCUGAGUGUUAAAAAAAACUUCAGAAGACCUGUUUUAUAUGCUGAAAUGUGUUCAUUUAUAGUUAAUUUUAUUAAUUUUUGUCCAUUUUGAAUCACUAUUUAACUUAACUUUGGAUCACUAUUUAACAUUUGGAUCACUAUUUAAGAUACUUUGGACAUGUGUUUGUUUUGAAGAGAUCUUUAUGGUUAUGGAAAUGCUUGCCCUAAUAAAAGCCUACAUAUCCAUUCUGGUUUUUCCUUUUAUUU